UAGUUUUUACAAGAUGGGACACACAACACAGACCCCUUGAGCAAGCAAAGCAAAGCCAAGCCAAUAAGCAAAAGCCCACAUCGCCGCUCUUCACUCCUCAGAGGCGCAAAGAUCAAGACACAGUAUAAGCUGAGGAAGUUGAAGCCAUUUUUGGGUAAGUGUGAUUUCAUCGAAUCAAAUCGAAGAUGUUCCUCACAAGGACCGAGUAUGACCGAGGAGUCAACACCUUUUCUCCUGAAGGCCGUUUGUUUCAGGUUGAAUAUGCAAUUGAGGCCAUCAAGCUGGGUUCAACUGCUAUUGGGUUGAAGACAAAACACGGUGUUGUCCUUGCAGUUGAAAAGCGUAUCACUUCACCGCUACUGGAACCUAGCAGUGUGGAAAAGAUAAUGGAAAUUGACGAACAUAUAGGUUGUGCAAUGAGUGGAUUGAUUGCUGAUGCUCGAACACUUGUUGAGCAUGCACGAGUGGAAACUCAGAAUCAUAGGUUCUCCUAUGGUGAACCGAUGACUGUAGAGUCUACCACCCAAGCACUUUGUGAUUUGGCCUUGCGUUUUGGUGAAGGCGAUGAAGAGUCCAUGUCUCGACCAUUUGGAGUUUCUCUUCUUAUUGCUGGACGUGAUGAGAAUGGACCUAGUUUAUAUUACACUGACCCAUCUGGAACAUUUUGGCAAUGCAAUGCAAAAGCUAUUGGAUCAGGGUCAGAAGGAGCAGAUAGUUCUCUGCAAGAACAAUACAACAAGGACCUUACUCUUGAAGAAGCAGAGACUAUUGCUUUAUCCAUUCUGAAGCAAGUUAUGGAAGAGAAGGUAACUCCAAACAACGUGGACAUCGCUAAGGUGUCCGAAAAAUAUCAUCUUUAUACUCCGGCUGAGGUGGAAGCUGUGAUAAGUCGCCUAUGAAUUACUUUUGUGUGAUUUGCUAUCAUUGCCAUUUGUUCCCAUACCUUGAACCCCUGCCUUACCUACAGUCUGUUUUAAUAGCUUUGUGCUCAAACUUUUUCGAUACUACACUUGUGGCCAAAUUGUACUCUCUAUCUGAUUCUCAAGUGUCCAAUUUGCUAAAUUCAGUUUAGUUACUAUAUAUUUAUUGGACAAUUUGGAAACGCCA